AUGGCACCUAACCAAGAUAGGUUUAGUUCAUUGCCUCAGUCUUUACUCUACACCAUUGUUUCCUUGAUAUCGUUCAAGGAAGCAGUAAGAACCUCAAUCCUCUCCAAAAGUUGGAUAGACAUUUUUAAGUCUACAUCCAACAUAGAAUUUGAUGAAGUGUUUUUUGUGAAAGAUGACCAAACUUAUCAAAUCAGACAAUCGCAAAGAAAGGUUUUUUUGGAGUUCAUGACACUUUGGAUUACGAAUCACAAAGAAACUAUUGGAAAUAAGUUCUCUUUGAGAUUAUCAAUGCCUGAAAAAGCUAAAAGGGUUGUGAGAAAAUGCAUUGCCUUCGCCACCAGAUAUGGUGUGAAGGACUUGGAGUUGGAUUUUUGUGAUCCAAAGUUGGAUUGUUAUUUGAGUACUAAUUAUAUUAACCAUGAGGCCUUGUUCGAAUUGCCAGCACAUGUUUAUGGCCACACUUGUCUCGAAUCCUUGAAGUUGUUUUCAUGCAGUUUUGUUGAGGCUGAGUUACUUAACUUUCAUGCACUCAAAGAAAUUUCUUUGGGUUGGAUGGAAGUUAAACUCACUACUAUUAAGACCUUGUUGUCAAAUUGUGAGGCGCUUGAGAGUUUAAGUCUCAAGAGGUGUUGGAAUUCAUAUGAUUUUGAUCUAGGGGAGGAGAAUCCAAGGUUGAGAAAGUUGAUUGUGGAUAGAUGCAUGUUUAGAUCUAAUAGUCGUUAUUUUAUAGUCAAUGCUCCAAACUUAAGAUAUUUCUAUUACUCUGGGUUGAAUAAUAACUUUCUGGUCAUGGAUGUACGUUCUCUUGUGAUGGAAGAGGAAAUUCUUGACUUCUGCAUUGAGUUUGAAGGACAUGCUAUUUUUCUUUACAAACUGGUGAAAGAUAUCUCCGGCGCUAGUAUUUUGACUGUGUGUAAUUACUUUUUUCAGGUUAUUCCCAUGGGAGGAUGCUUCCUCCAAAUGCCACGUAACUCGUAUGUGAGGAGUUUGACAAUGAAAUCCUCUUUGGAUCAAAAAGAACUUUUAGGAAUCACAUUUUUGCUUAAUAGCUGCCCUGAAUUAGAGAGUCUCACUAUAGAAUUGGGCCCCCCACAAAUUUUUUUGGAUUAUGAUUUACCAGAGAAUUUUAACUCGAAGAGGUUUUGGACUGAUCAUACAAAAACUUAUAAAUGCAUGAUAUAUACUCUUAGAGAGGUAGAGAUCAAGGGCUUUAAAGGAUUAAUGGAUGAGAUUCGCAUGCUUACCUAUUUCAUUACUACUGGAAAAGUCUUGAGAAAGAUGACUAUCAACAUAAUGGAGGAUGAUGUUGCCUAUCAAGAUGGGACACUGGACUCUUAUUGCUGUGAUAUAACAAAAACGUUAAUGAUUCACAGGGCUUCAAAAGAUCUAGAGAUUUCAAUUUGUUGA